AUGACUGAGAAACUUCGUACAGAAGUCGAAGUCGAUCAUAACGCUGUUCGUAGUAAAGUCUCACCUUCAGCGUCAAAUAUGUUGGACAUGGGUCGAAAUACCUAUGUCACCUACGACACCCAAAUUGUUAACUUUCCAAAUGUUAUCUAUAAAUGGUUUCAGACUGUUGCUCAUUACGACUUCGAACUUAACGCAUGUACUAACAGUCAAUCUUGCCAUCACUUCAUGAACGGCGACUCACAACGUCUUCAGAUCCUCCAGUGGAAUGCUGGAGGAAUGUCUCCGGUCAAAAAAAUCCAAGUACAGAAAAUCCUACAAACCUAUGUUGUAGACAUUUUCACAAUUAUGGAAGCUAACAUUUCGGAUGACAAACUGAAGAACUACCAAUUCUCGGGUUACACCCUGUACAAUCUAGCUAAAUACCGGCAAGUUGCAAGUGGAAUUCUAACCGGAGUCAAAGAAGGCCUCACCUCACACUACGAUCUAAUCAAGAAUAUGGGCUCGACACAAACAAAUGUGAAAUAA